AUGGCCCAGGAGCUGAACGAGGAGCUUGGCCGCGUCCUGCGGGAGCGUGGAGUGAUCGGCGACGUCCUGGACGGCGUCGAGCGCAAGACCAAGAUCAAGCGUGAGCAGUUCGUCUACGGCGUGGUGGCGUUGGUGUCCGUGGGCUUCCUGGCCAACAUGCUCGGUGCCAAGACUACCGUGUUCAUCUCGACGGCAUGGCCCAUGCUGGGCAGCAUUCGCGCCAUCGACCGAGCGGACGUCCUGGCGCUGCAGAAGUGGACCGCCUACUGGAUCGUGUACGCCCUGGUCAACGUCUUCUUCAACUUCUUGUUCGUGGGCAUCUACCGCUACAUCAAGCGGAUCUACAUUAUCAAGAUGCUGCUGCUCGCCUGGUGCGCCGCGCCCGUGCAGGCCAAUGGUGCCAACAUGAUCUUCCGGAAGGUGUUCGCCGGCAAAAUAUUCAGGGAGGGCGCCGGCGCCGCCGCCGCUCCUGCUGCUGCUGCUCCAGCUGCUGCUCCGGCCGCCGGCGGCAAGAAGGAGCUGUCCGACACGAGCCGCAAGAUGCGCAAGUAG